AUGCCUAUCGAGACGGAUACUCCUGACGAUGACGAUGGUAAUGACGUGGACAUGCAGGGUUUGUUGUUGGCAAUUUUAGCGUCGUGGCCGUCGACGACCGGCGGCAACGAAGACGACGACGACGACGACAGCAAAAACGUCGGGUGGGAAAACGUGCCGGGUGGAAGUCACGUGCGGACACUGAACGAGACGAAUUUCCGGGAGACGAUCGGAGAAAAUUGCUGCGUACUGGUGUUUUUCCACGCUGAUUGGUGUAGAUACUGUGGGCCGAUAAAACCGGUGUUCGCUGACGUUACGGCCGCGUUGCAGGGUGACCAUUGCAUCGUGGCCGCCGCCGUGGACUGUACGGAUGACACCGAGUUGGCGAUUCAGUGCAACGUCGACGGGCUACCCACAAUGCUGUUCUUCUGGAACGGUGAACAGACAAAGACGGUGCGGUACCAAGGCAACUGGUCGGAGGCAGAUAUGCGGCUGUUCGCGGUCCGUACGUCCGCCAAUGCGCACGACAAGCCCAAAAAAGGAGUGGCCGCUUACCUGCGCAUACAGAAACAAUUGAAAUACUAUUUCUUAUUACAUUUCGCCGAACAACCUGGCGGAACUGAAAUUAACGUAAUUCAAUUAAUUCUUCCAACAACUGUGCUGGAAUCUUAA